AUGGCUAUGGCUUUUCGAGCUCGAUCGGCGGCUCUGAUGCGUCAGGGUCGUCUCCGCUCAUUUAUGAGUCAGAGUCGCGGUCUGGCUACUGUUACAGAUAACACGCAACCGUACGAUGUGAUUGUCAUUGGAGGUGGCCAUGCCGGCUCCGAGGCAUGCGCUGCUGCUGCUCGCUCUGGCGCGCGUACCGCGUUGGUCACACCAUCUCUCGAAAACAUCGGCGUGUGCUCGUGCAAUCCCAGUUUCGGUGGAAUCGGCAAAGGAACGAUGAUUCGGGAGGUGGAUGCCAUGGACGGUGUCGCUGGCCGCAUCAUCGAUAAGGCUGGUGUCAUGUUUCGCGUCUUGAACCGCUCCAAGGGUCCUGCUGUUUGGGGUCCGCGUGCGCAGAUUGACCGUGACCUCUACAAGAGGUACAUGUCCGAAGAGUUGGCCAGCACAGAGAAUUUGAAUAUCGUCGAGGGAAAAGUGGCCGAUAUUGUGGUUUCAACGGAAGGGAUUGAAAGCACACCCGGCGCUCAGGGCAAGAUUGUUGGUGUGCGAUUGGAGUCUGGAGAGGUCAUUCCCACUGGCCGUGUGGUCAUCACAACAGGCACAUUUUUGGGUGGUGAGAUUCAUAUCGGAAUGGACGUGUUCCCUUCGGGACGCAUGGGCGAAGCUCCUACAUAUGGUCUGAGCAAGUCUCUCUGUGACGCUGGUUUCCAACUUGGUCGCCUGAAGACUGGAACCCCACCCCGACUCGACGGAAAGACGAUCGAUUAUCGCGGUCUCGAAGUACAAAAGGGCGACUCGCCCCCGCAUCCGUUUUCAUACUUGAACAAGACUGUCGAUGUCGGCGAUGAGGGUCAGCUUACUUGCUGGAUGACACACACAAACGAAGCUGUUCACGAUAUCAUUCGCGCCAACCUUGACAAGUCCAUUCAUAUCAGAGAGACAGUUCGCGGACCCCGCUACUGUCCUUCCUUGGAAUCGAAGAUCAUUCGUUUCAAGGACAAAACCCAGCACCAAAUCUGGCUUGAGCCUGAGGGAUUUGCGCCUAACGAUGUCAUCUACCCUAAUGGCAUCUCCAUGACCGUACCCGCAGAUGCACAGUACGCCAUGCUUCGCGCAGUCCGUGGUCUCGAGAACGUCACUAUGCUCCAGCCAGGUUACGGAGUUGAAUACGACUACAUCGACCCGCGCAAUCUCCGCCCAACUCUGGAGACCAAACUCAUCAGUGGUCUCUACUUGGCCGGACAGAUCAACGGCACAACUGGCUACGAAGAAGCAGCCGGACAAGGCAUCAUCGCCGGCAUGAACGCCGGUCUGGAAGCACAAAACCGCACUCCCCUAACCCUCACCAGAUCCGAUGGCUUCAUCGGCAUCAUGAUCGACGAUCUCAUCACAAAGGGCGUAUCUGAGCCAUAUCGCAUGUUCACGACUCGAAGCGAGUACCGCAUCUCAACACGUUCCGAUAACGCCGACCUCCGCCUGACUCGUAUGGCCCGUGAGGCCGGUGUCGUCUCUGACAAGCGCUGGAGCCACUUCUCCGACACCGAGGCCCAGAUCCUGGAGCUGCAAACCCUCCUUGCUAACACAAAGCUUUCAGCUUCCGCGUGGUCUCGCAAGGGCUUCAAGGUCCGCGCUGAUACCUCCAUCCGCUCAGGUCUUGACCUGCUGGCGUUGGACACGGCCGAUAUCGACUCUCUUAUCCCGAUUAUGGAGUCUGUCGCCGGUAAAGCAUACACAGCCGCCUCAUUUGCGCCGGAGAUCCGCACCCGCGUUGCAAUUGAAGGCCGAUAUGCGCCUUACCUGAAGCGCCAGGAGAAGAUGGCCGUUCGCUUCCAGAAGGAUGAGAACUUGCUUCUUGCUCCUGAUCUGGAUUACAGCCAAGUAACCGGUAUCAGCAAUGAGGAGCGACAGGUGCUGGAACGCGUGCGUCCCGUUAGCGUUGGCAUGGCGAAGCGCAUUGAGGGCGUUACGCCUGUUGGUGCGCUGAGAUUGCUGAUGCAUGUGAGGAAGAACCGCGGGUUUGUCAAGGAAAUGGACGGCGAAGACCCUGCUGUUGCCGACGUUCUUGCUGGGUCGCCUUAG